GGAUGGGGUCACGGCGGCGCUCCCGCGGSACGGUCCGUGUUUCUCCCCGCGGUCCGGCCCCGGAGGGCGGAGGCGGGUGCGGUGUGGGUGCGGGUGCACCUGCCGGGCGGCUCGGCGGAGCCAUGCCGGCAGCCACGGCGUCCGGGCUGGACGCGCCGCGCACCCCCGCGCUCGGGCGGGACGGCGGCGGCCCCCGCGGAUACACAGGGCAGUGCAGCCGCCUCCUCCCACCCCAGCUGGGCUCACUGCAGGUCCUUCAUGGCAACGGCACCGAUGUGGGGACAGUGCUCACAUUCCAGUGCUCUGCCGACCACCAGCUGGAGGGACCAGCCUUCAUCACCUGCGUCUGGAAAGGGAACAGCACGCAGUGGACAGCCGCAGUGCCCUCCUGCAAGCCCAUAUCAAAAUACGAGACUUUUGGCUUUAAGAUUGCAGUGAUUGCCUCCAUUGUGAGCUGUGCUGUCAUUCUGCUGAUGUCCAUGGCUUUCUUGACUUGCUGUCUGAUCAAGUGUGUGAAGAAAAGUGAGAGGAGGAGAACUCAAAGAGAUGUGCAGCUGUGGUACCAGCUAAGUACUGAAGAACUAGAGCACAWGCAAGCUGCUUACUUUGGUUUUAAGGGAAGAAACAAUAACAACAACAAGAAACUCAGGAAUACAUCUGUAUUUAAUGACAUGACUAACAUGGCGUAUGAUAACCAAGGCUUCUACAGGUUCCAGGAAGAGUGGACUCCGAAUGUCAUAGCUCCUGGGUGUUGCAAAGACAACAAUCACCCGCUGAAGGGAGCCAGGAGCAGUGGUGCACCUGGGACAUACGCGGCGCCGAGACACAACACUGCAGUGCAGACAGUGGACUUGCUACACGCUGUUGRAGUCUACAGCCAUAAGGAUAGUUGCAACAAGCCAAGCUGCCAGAUACCUGAAUAGCUGUUGUCUGAAAUGCAACAGCCUCUCUGGACCAAAAUGAACUUUUGAUAGAAAUAUGUGCCUUAAAGACAACAUAAAAAGUUUAUUGUUCAUAUGAAUUGGAUGUUUUCUAUAUUYCAAGAUGGUUAUUUAACAGAAAUGCUUCAAGGUCUUAUACAAAUAAAAAUAUGAAUGUUGGGGCCGUCAGUCCAUAGCUGUUCUCUGCAGUUUGCUGUGCAGUGUGCCAUGGCAAAAGCAUAAUGUCCUUCUGUAAGCUAGAGGGGUGGUACCCAGUUUGCAUAUUUUUCUCAUACAAAGUUGUUAAUUUUUAUUAGCAAUUGCAAUAAUUACAAUUAUAAUAAUUACACCCCCCUCACAUUCAGAUCUUCUCUGAACCAGUGGGUUUUGUAAGAAUUUGAGAAAGAAAAUUCCCAUAUUUUUACAUCUACAAUCCCCCAUGUUUUUACAUAGUGGCAUGAUAGAACUACAAUUUUUUUUUUGUUUUAAUUAAAUGCCCCAUUAUUUUGUAUCAGGAAGGUCUUAAUGAAUCUACUCUGUGUUUAUAGACCAUGUGAGAAUCAGUGYAGCAAAGGCCCAUCUCCAGGUCUGCCAGCCUGUGGGAGAGGAGAUGGCACGUGGAGGGAUGUUGUGUCAUGCUGUGGCAGACUUUGGGGCCCACACCAGUGAUCUCCCUUAGCUUCUGCAGGUGUCCCAGUGUGAGAGCAGCUGCUGGGGACAGCGCUGCAGCCUUCCUGGAGCAGCCAGCUUGGGAUGCUGCAGCACGGUCCCUGUGAGAGCUCUCUAAAUAAAGG